AUGGAAGUCUUCAUCAAUCGCAUACCUCCGCACUGCACAGAGCGCGACCUGAGACGGUUCAUGCAGACACGUCUUGCCGAAUUCAACAUCACCAGCUUCGUGUGCGAGAAGCUGGGCAACAAGGCAUGUGCAAAGCUGGUAGUUCGUGAUGCUGAGAAAGGCGAGCGCUUUGUCAAGAAAUACGGAAAGAUCAAUGGUCAACGAAGACCCUUGGUUCAACUCAUUAUGAAUGGCCAGCAUAUCAACUGCGCCGUGUCCAAGAACAAACCAGACGAAUACACCCUCCACAGUCUCACGUCAAGAGCCGCAAAACCGGUUGCAUCCACCCAGAGUCGCCCUGCUCUCCGCGCCAAUCUGAAUCCCAGCUUCGAGUUCUCCCAUCUGCGAUGCGGAGUGUGGUCUUUCGUCAACGACGAGCUCACCUUUGUCUCACACUUUGUCGAUUCACGACGUGGUAGGGUCUUAUUCGGCCAUCGCCAACUGGCUCUUCUCUACGACAACAUGAACAGCAUCCAUGAUCGUUCUGCGUAUCGCAUCAACAUAAAAUACUUCGAUGUUGACACCGCAACUACUGGAGACUACCGUUGUCCGACUGUGACCUUUGCUCUGCAGCUCUCUCCUACCUUCUUUUGCAAGCUUUCAGCAGACGUCGUUGACGCAUUCGCACAGCUCAGUCUCAUCCCUGGGCUGAAGCUACCCCCACUCAAGAAAAAGAAGCGAGUCUCGAGCAUCAACCAGGCUCAUGCCAAUGUGGCCAGCACUUGCUUUGUGUACCAGAUACAGCUCGCCGACUACAGGCAGCUACCAGAAGUGUUUCGCCUCUUGAAACAUAAUCGUCACAUUGCAUCAGCUGCUCUCAAUCAUCCUACUCCUACCGUAUAUUCUUCGGUCAGCCUUGCAUCAGCUUUCAAGCGCUUAGACACGGCGCUUGUAGCAGUACAGCCACACAACACUCUGCCGUUCGACAUCAAGUUUCAGCUGCUUCGUCUGGCAAGAAACGGUGCUCUUUCGCCUGAUCAAGUUGUUGAGAUCCUUCCAACCAUCAAUCUGCUUAUAGAAAACCAUGACAAAUCCGCUAUUGUCGAAUCUUUGAGGCGUUUGUAUCAGAGCCUCCAACCGAUUGGACCCCACUCGGAAGCGCAGGACUACUCUUUGAAGACGAUUGCCAACAAUCUAAUGGAUUUUGCACAGAAGUACGACAAUGCCAGGUCUGGGAACCCAUACGAGCUGAUCAAUCGCCAUGCUCAUAUCGUCCUUGUGCAUAAGCUUACUGUCACGGUUACGGGCGUCUAUCUUGAAGGUCCCGAACCCGAAGUCAGCAAUCGUGUGCUAAGGGAUUAUCAAGACCACUCUGACUACUUCAUGCGAGUGACAUUCGCAGACGAAGAUGGAGAGCCUGUACGUUAUGCACCGGACUCCGAUCUGAAAGAUGUAUAUGCUCGUUUCCAAAAGUUCAUGGAGUCGGAAUAUUUCAUCGCCGGAAGAGGCUUCUCGUUCUUGGGUUUCUCACACUCAGGCCUUCGCUCCCAGACCUGUUGGUUCAUGGCACCUUUUGAACUCCAAGAAAGAAUGCUACACGCCCCGGAGCUCAUCAGAAACCUUGGAGAUUUCGGUCAUAUCCGUACUCCAGCUCGCUGUGCUGCCCGAAUCGGACAAGCUUUCACCGAUACUACUGAAACCGUGGAAGUAGAAGCCGCGAUGCAAAGAAGACUUCGCGACGUCGAACGCAACGGCCGAUGCUUUAGUGACGGCUGUGGCACCGUGUCGUUGGGACUUCUCCAAAAAGUUUGGCGUGUGUAUGGNACAAAACGUACUCUGAAACCAGUGAUUCUCCAGAUCAGAUUCGCUGGCGCNAAGGGAGUGGUCUCUCUCGACUCUCGUCUUCACGAGGAUCAGUUCAACAUUCGACCCUCCAUGGAAAAGUAUACGGGGUCCAAUUCGGUCACGCUCGAGAUUUGUGGUGCGGCAUGGCGACCAUACCCCAUGGUGCUCAAUCGUCAGUUCAUCAAGAUCCUUGAAGACUUGCAUGUUCCUCUCCAGUCUUUCAUGACCCUUCAAGAUAGAGCAGUGGAAAAGCUGAGGAUAAUGACUACCAACACCUUCAACGCCUCUCUUCUUCUCAAUGACACACAGACAAGCAAAGCUGCAAGACUUCCAAGCCUCCUCGAAAUGCUGUCUGAUAUUGGUCUUGAGUAUCACGAUGACUCUUUCUUGCGUGGAGCCGUUGAGAUGGCUGUAAUCACAAAGUUGCGUGAGAUCAAGUACAGGGGUCGCAUUCCUGUUGAGAACGGAGUUACUCUGUAUGGCAUAAUGGACGAGACUGGAUAUCUGGAAGAGGGUCAGAUCCACGUUGUCACCCAAAGCGCCUUGGACGAACCCAGAAAGGUCUUCACAGGAAAUAAAGUGAUCGUCACACGCUCUCCUGCACUUCACCCAGGUGAUAUCAGAACCGUGGAUGCCGUCGACGUUCCCGACGACUCUCCUCUUAAACAUCUUCGCAACUGUGUUGUGUUCAGUCAGCAUGGCAAGCGUGACCUACCCAGCUGUCUGAGUGGAGGCGAUCUGGAUGGUGACCUGUACAAUGUCAUUUUCGAGCCCACACUGAUGCCACAGAAGGACAUUGCAAACCCAGCCGAUUAUCCGCGCGUUCCUGGCAUAGAGCUUGACCGUGAAGUCACUAUCCGAGACAUGAGCUCCUUCUUCGUUGAAUUUAUGGAGACUGAUCAACUGGGUCAGAUCUGCACGCGACAUCUCCAGAUUGCUGACCAAAAAGUGCAUGGUGUCUUUGAUCCCGACUGCAUCAAGCUUGCAGGAAUGGCAUCAACAGCUGUGGACUUCUCCAAGACGGGCAUAUCGGUGAGCUUGGAUGGGGCUCCGAGGGCCUUGCGAGUCAAGCCCGAUUUUAUGGCUCCAAGCCCACGCGUUAUCAUCGAAGCUGGCGGAUUUGCAAGCUUCGAAGAUGCAGUCCAGAAUGAGGAAGAAGAAGAGACUGACCCUAUCGGCGAUCUAGAUGACGUCCGGCCAAUCCACUACUACCGUAGUGAGAAGGCGCUUGGUCACCUCUACCGUGCCAUUGACGAACACGAGUUUCUGAAAACCUUGCAGGAAGCUACUAAGAUCACUCCUGGCCAAGACAAUACCGUGCUUGUGGAUCUUUGGACAUACAUACAACAUUACACCAAGGCCAUCCAGUGGGGACACCACAUGGAUCUAGCCAGACAGAUCAGAGACGGAUACGAGCAGACCCUGCUGCAAUCACUCUACCAAUUCGCCUCCUCACCUCGCCAUCCUUUGACCGAGACUGAGAUCUUCUCCGGCACCAUCCUCGGCCGUGACGGUGGUAAGCAAUCGAAGCGCGUUCGCGAGACCACCCAAGCCAUGCGCCAGCAACUCGAAGAAGUCCUCACUUUCACCAUCUCCCGCAUCAUCGACGGAGACUACGAUGACAACGAUCGCAAUGAAGAGGCUUUGCCCAGAGCACUUGCUUGUCUCGCUGUUGGUAUGGACGAACAAUCCGAUGGAGACAAGAGAGUGGGAGAGCUGCAGAGUUGGGAAUAUAUCGCUGCUGGGGUUUGCUUGCGGGAGAUCAAGAGAUGGUAUGCCAUUGAUAUGGGAAGACAUGCUUUGCCGCGUGUUCGUCGCUCUUGA